UAAGUAGCUUUUAGAUUUACACUCGUGUAAUUUACACUUCAUGACUUCAUGAAAUAUUUCGUACUUUACGAUAAAAAAUCAGUUAAUGGAAUUCUUAAUUGUGAUUUAAAACACUUAACUAAUGUUGAUUCCUUUCUCCCAAAACAAAACUAAAUUUAUUAUAUUUUAUGUCUUCAGUUCUUUUUAAUAUUGGAGACAAUAAGAUUUUUAAAAAUAGUUUCCUUGUUUUGAAGCUGUCUCUGAUUAUAGUUCUGACAUAAGCACACUCUAAUUACACUUUUGUUAAUCGUCAGUAGAGUUAACAUUGAGUAAGAUGUUAUAUAAGUAAAGCCAAACAUUACCUUGACUCAGUUCAUUUGGAAAACAGUAACGUUCGAUCGUCAAGAAACAGAAAAUGUUGGAUCCCAAAGUAGAAUAUAGAGAAAUUUUUAAUGAUGAAGAACAGCUAAAUAUACAAAAUGAGUUUAAGCGUCUAAAAGGCUUAUGUUACUUGGAUCAUACUGGGUGUCCUGCUUAUAGUGAUUCACAAAUAUCUUCUGUCUUUGACGAUUUACGUAGUAAUGUAUUUGGUAAUCCUCAUUCUGGUAGUACUGCAAGCAAAUAUUGUGUUGAUUUUGUGGACCAGAUGCGCUAUAAAAUAUUACAACAUUUUAAUACCUCUGCCAAUGAGUAUAGUGUUAUUUUCACUUCAGGGGCAACUGCUUCUUUAAAAUUGGUUGCAGAGUCUUUUUUGUGGUUGAAUAAAAACGAUAAUGAAGUUGAUAUCAGUUCAGAAAAAUCUGUAUUCAUGUAUAUGGAAGAUAAUCAUACCUCUGUUCUUGGCAUGAGAAACAUAAUCAGCCAGAAAAAUGUUGAAACUAUUUGUCUUUCACAUGGAGACACUAUUUCUGCCUUUAACAGCUCUUCUUCAUUUGAUUCAUCAACUUGUGCUUCUAAUUCCUUGUUUGUAUAUUCUGCUCAGUGUAACUUCUCAGGAGUAAAAUAUCCACUUUCAUGGGUUGAUGAAGUUCAUAGGGGAGUCCUCACAGCAGUUACUGGCAAAAAAUCCCAUUGGUAUUGUUUGUUGGAUGCAGCAACUUACGUGUCUACGAAUCAAUUGAAUUUAUCAUCAGUAAAACCUGAUUUUGUUGCUAUAUCAUUCUAUAAAAUGUUUGGAUUUCCUACUGGACUCGGAGCACUGCUUGUACGGAAUUCAGUUUCUUAUCUUUUAGAAAAAACAUACUAUGGAGGAGGUACAGUUCUUGUUGCAAUGAGUGAAAAAAAUAUUUUUGUGCCUAGGCCAGUUCUCCAUGAGAGGUUUGAAGACGGGACUAUUAAUUUCCUUUCUAUUAUUUCCCUUGAUCAUGGGUUUAAGAUAUAUGAAAAAAUUGUGAAUCUUGAUAAAAUUUCCAAACAUUGCUUUAAUUUGGCAAGAUAUGCUUUCCACUGUUUGCUGAGGUUGCAUCAUGCCAAUGGCAAUCCUUUGGCAAUUAUAUACGCUGAUACAGAUUACAGUGACAUUUCAACCCAAGGAAAUAUUUUAAAUUUCAAUCUCCUCCGUUCCGAUGGUGAAUAUAUUGGAUAUGCAGAGGUUAUGAAUUUAUCAAAUCUACAUGGUAUUCAAUUAAGAACUGGUUGUUUCUGCAAUCCAGGAGCAUGUAGAAGACAUCUUAAUCUGACAGGCGAAGAGGUUAUGAAACAUUUUGAGGCUGGACAUGUUUGUGGUGACGAUAAUGAUCUGAUAGAAGGUAAACCAACUGGUUCUAUCCGUGUCUCAUUUGGUCAUUAUAAUACUAUUGACGACGUCACGAAAUUCUUGGAGUUUAUUGAGACCUGUUUUGUAACUAGGCCUGCCAUUAAAAAGUAUCCUAUUAAUUGGCAAAAAAAUCAUGGUUUAGAAGCUGAGAAUAAUAAAAACAUACCAGGCUCUCUCGUUUCUAUAAGUUCUCUUGAUCAUAAAUUGGCAGCUAUUAACUUGGUUUAUUUUUGGCUUGAAAAUGUUGAUGACAGUUGCUACUAUAAUUAUCCAGCUGAAAACAAUAUUUUAAAUCAAGAUGAAAACAUAAGCAUUGACAAUAAAAGGAUAGGAAACCCUACACUCAGCAAUUUAUUCCUUUACCCUAUCAAGUCUUGUGGACGAUUUUCUGUUAGCCAAUGGGAACUUUGUUCCACAGGCCUUAGGUAUGAUAGAGAAUGGAUGAUAACUACAGCAUCUGGAGUAGUUCUCACUCAGAAAUCAGAUCCUCGCCUUUGUCUCAUCAGACCUUCAAUUAAUUUAAAAGAAAAAAAACUCAUUCUGUCUUAUAAAGGAUAUCCAAAUUUCAGCAUCCGAAUUGAAGAUGAAGAAAGUGAAAUGACAGAAGCAUGGCUUUGUUCCAGUAAAGUGUGUGGAGACACCGUUAGAGGUUUGGAUUGUGGGGACUCUGUGUCAUUAUGGCUGUCACACGUAUUAAAUAAAGAGGGCCUGAGGCUCAUCAGGCAGCGAGAAAGAGAUACCAAAUCUGGAGGUGCACUGAGUUUUUCAAAUCAAGCACAAUAUUUACUCAUAAACAAAGCCAGUAUUAAUUGGCUUUCUGAAAAACUAGUAGAAAUGCCUUCCUUUAAUAGGGAUAAUCUGUUAGAUAGGUUCAGGAGUAAUUUUGUUGUAGAAGGAUUAUCUAUCCCAUUUGAAGAACAAAGUUGGACCGAAGUAACACUUGGAGGUCACAGCUUCAAGGUAUGUGGAUCUUGCAUGAGGUGCCAGAUGAUAUGUAUAGAUCAGGAUACCGGUGAAAAAACAAAAGAGCCCUUAACUACACUAGCAGCGUCCAUGAAGGGAAAACUUAAAUUUGGUAUUUAUCUGUCAAGAGAUUGUUCAUCUGAAGUUAUUUUAUCCGUUGGAGAUGUUGUUUCGUUAAAAACUGAUCCUUCUUAAAAGUAAAUUGACUGAGCUAUGAAUGUCAAAUGAAAUUCGGUUUUGCACAUAACUAAACCUAUGAGAUAAAGGAAUCAUGUACAGUGGAUAUUGUUUAUAAUGACCUUGAAGGGAUCGGGUAAACUUCAUCAUUAUAGCCAAUUAUCGUAAUAAAUGCAUAAUUGUUAUAAUGACCACUGUCGUUAUAUCCUAUCCAUCCACCUGUGUGUCAUUAACGGCUGUGGUCAUUACAUUGAGUGAAAAAAAAAGAUAAUGAAUAAUAUUUAAGCAAAACAGACUUAUAACAAUGUUAACUAAAGCUAAAAACAUACCUGAAGUUGACACUCCCUUUGCUCGCUUGUGAGGGACAAAUUUGGCUGCAACUCAUGUGCAAAUCUUCAGAUAAAAUCCUCUGGAUUGAACUCCAUACUAUUUCAGACAUCUCACAGAGUUAAUUGGUUCGGCGAUGGUCUUCAUGAGCGAGAGCAUUGAUUUUGUCAAUGUUUUCGUCACUUGUUGUUGUUGAGGGGUGCCUGCACGGGGUUGGUCUUUAAUUGACAUCUCUCCAUUUUUACUACGUGAAAACCACUCGUAGACACUGAUUUUACUUAGGGCAUCUCCAUAAGCAGUUUUAAGCAUUACAAUAGUUUCAGAGGCCGAUUUCUCCAACAGUUAGUAGCAUGUGAAUCUCAUAAUCUUUUAAUGGUUAAAAGGGAUCUUCAAAUCUCAAAACAAAUCUUUCUAUUUUCAAAUAUAAAUUUCUCCAGUCGGUUAGAGUAUGUAGAAUUUUUCCUCUAAGGAACAACUGUUUCUCUUUGAUAUUUUUUGAGUGGUACAUGGGCUGUAUUAAGUAGAAAUAUGAAUUUAACGCAAAGAUUGGGGAAGAGGGGAUGAAUUUUAUCAUAUAAAUGUGAUAUUUUACAAUAUUCUAUUGAUAUUUUACAAUAGAGGAUCUAUUUCCUAGAAUAGAUAUAAACAAAAGUUUUAAAUGUUCUGAGUCUGCUCCGAUCAUAUUUUCUAAAUAUUCUUAGCAACCAAGUCAUUAAAUCCAAUCAGUCGUUAACCGUGGUCAUUAUAUCAAUUAAAAAGUAAUUACAAAAGCCUUCUGAAUCAUGAAGCCUGGGAUUUUUGUUGUUAAACCCGAUACGUCAUGACAACUGGUCGUUAUAAAUGAUAUCCACUCCCUAUAACUGCUGAUUUUUAGUUUAUGUUACU